GUCCCACCCGGGACCCCCACCACCACCACUCCGGGCAGCGGUCCAUCCCGCGGCCCGGGUACAGUGAGCUCCCCGAGGGACCCAGACCCCCAAAACGGGACGCCCCCCGCGCCCCAGGGCCUGCCCAGCGACGCCCCCCGCCGCCCCACACUCAUCCUUAACUCUUCCCUCGCCGCCGCCGCAUACUUACGGUUGCCCGCGCGGGAGACGGCAGCCCGCAGGGCCCGCCGCGGCUUCUGCUCCCGGAUUCCUGUGGGGGCCCCCGACCGCCGCUGCCCCUGCUCUCUCCCAAGUCCGGAGCCCCCAGGAAGAUGCCCCCAGCUUGGGGGCGGAAUCUGAGCUGCGCAGGUUCCUGGAGCGCGGCUGGGUCCUCCGGGAUCCCUCGACCCCAGUGGCCCUGCGCAGCGCCAGCCGAAGCCCCCUCCCAGACGCAGGCGUCCCCCUCCCGCGGGGACUCCGUCUCUAUUUUGGGGAUAGGGGAGGCUUAGCGGAAGCCCCGAGUUAUAAUUAGCCCCACUCGGGUUUCCUAGUUAAUCUCCAUCACCACCACCCAGCUCAGGACGGCGAGGACUGGGUGAGGGGUGACCGGCGGGAGAGGGGGGGAGUUCCGACCCGGGGAAUUUUGAUCCCUUGGCUGGAGAUGCCGGAACCGCAGCAGCUGCUGCCCCAAAAUAGCGCCCCUGCCCCUGCAGCCGGGGAUCUCCGGAGCUUCGAGAAUACAGGCGUCCCGGCUCGCCCUUCAGACCCCUCGCCAAUGCUCGCGAGCCCCCAGACCCCCGCCCCAAGUUCCCGGCUCCUGGACUCGGGGCGGGGAGCGCCGUCCUUUUUCUCGGUCUCUACUGCCCCCCGCCGGCGGCAGCGUGCACCGCAGCAUCGGAUGGAUGGAGGACUUGAGUCCUGGGGGGCCAGGGCUGGCGAGCCUGUUGUCUGAAGCUAGGCGAGAGGGGUGCGCAGUAGACGGGCACCCGCCGGUACCAGUGCGCUGUGUCAGACAGUGGAUGAGGCGGGGCUGGGUGGAGCAGGAUAUGGAGUAUGCAGGAUUUGGGGUACCCUGGGGCCUGUGACUCCCACACCGUGAAUGCCCAACCCAUACCCCUCCAGGGCCCGGCCCUGGCCAACUGCAGGAGAGGCUGCGCCUUCACGCCACCUCAAGUUCCCCCAUCGGGCGCCUCCCGUCAGUGAGGGCCCCGCCCCUGUCGGUGGCCUGCGGCCUCUAGUUGUGGUGCCUCCACUGGGCCCAAGGCACUCCACUGGGGGAAGGAGCAGACGCCUGCCUGCCCUGGCAGCCAUGAGGCCCCCGUGGUGUCCCCUGCACACGCCCUCCCUGGCUUCCCCGCUCCUUCUCCUCCUCUUCCUUCUGGGAGGAGGGGCAGAGGCCGAGGGCCCAGAGGACCCAGAGCUGCUGGUGAUGGUGCGUGGGGGCCGACUGCGGGGUCUCCGCCUAAUGGCCCCCAGGGGCCCUGUCUCUGCUUUUCUGGGCAUCCCCUUCGCAGAGCCACCUGUGGGCCCCCGUCGCUUUCUGCCACCAGAGCCCAAGCGGCCCUGGCCAGGGGUGCUGAAUGCCACAGCCUUCCAAAGCGUCUGCUACCAGUAUGUGGACACCUUGUACCCCGGCUUUGAGGGCACUGAGAUGUGGAACCCCAACCGCGAGCUGAGUGAGGACUGCCUCUACCUCAACGUGUGGACACCGUACCCCCGGCCUUCGUCCCCCACCCCUGUCCUCGUCUGGAUCUAUGGGGGUGGCUUCUACAGCGGGGCCUCCUCCCUGGAUGUGUACGAUGGCCGCUUCCUGACCCAGGCCGAGGGGACUGUGCUGGUGUCCAUGAACUACCGGGUGGGCGCCUUUGGCUUCUUGGCCCUGCCGGGGAGCCGGGAGGCCCCAGGCAAUGUGGGGCUACUGGAUCAGAGGCUGGCACUACAGUGGGUGCAGGAGAAUGUGGCAGCCUUCGGGGGGGACCCAACAUCAGUGACUCUGUUUGGGGAAAGUGCAGGUGCCGCCUCUGUGGGCAUGCACCUGCUGUCCCCACCCAGCCGGGGCCUGUUCCACAGGGCCGUGCUGCAGAGCGGGGCACCCAAUGGGCCCUGGGCCACGGUGGGCGUAGGAGAGGCCCGCCGCAGGGCCACACUGCUGGCCCGCCUUGUGGGCUGUCCCCCGGGUGGGGCUGGUGGCAAUGACACAGAGCUGGUGGCCUGCCUGCGGGCACGGCCAGCCCAGGAUCUGGUGGACCAUGAGUGGCGUGUGCUGCCUCAGGAAAGCGUCUUCCGCUUCUCCUUCGUGCCUGUGGUGGACGGAGACUUCCUCAGUGACACACCCGAAGCCCUCAUCAAUGCUGGAGACUUCCAUGGCCUGCAGGUGCUGGUGGGUGUGGUGAAGGAUGAGGGCUCCUAUUUUCUGGUUUAUGGGGCCCCAGGCUUCAGCAAAGACAAUGAGUCUCUCAUCAGCCGGGCCCAGUUCCUGGCCGGGGUGCGGGUCGGGGUCCCCCAAGCAAGUGACCUGGCUGCCGAGGCUGUGGUCCUGCAUUACACAGACUGGCUGCACCCUGAGGACCCAGCACGCCUGAGGGAGGCCUUGAGUGAUGUGGUGGGCGACCACAACGUUGUGUGCCCCGUGGCCCAGCUGGCUGGGCGACUGGCCGCUCAGGGCGCUCGCGUCUAUGCCUACAUCUUUGAACACCGUGCAUCCACGCUCUCCUGGCCCCUCUGGAUGGGGGUGCCCCACGGCUACGAGAUCGAGUUCAUCUUCGGGCUCCCCCUGGAACCCUCGCUCAACUACACCAUCGAGGAGAGAACCUUUGCCCAGCGACUGAUGAGAUACUGGGCCAACUUCGCCCGCACAGGAGACCCCAAUGACCCCCGGGACCCCAAAGCCCCACAGUGGCCACCGUAUACGGCGGGAGCGCAGCUGUACGUGAGCCUGAAUCUGCGGCCUCUAGAGGUGCGGCGAGGGCUGCGAGCCCAGGCCUGCGCUUUCUGGAAUCGCUUCCUGCCCAAACUACUCAGCGCCACCGACACGCUGGACGAGGCGGAGCGCCAAUGGAAGGCCGAGUUCCAUCGCUGGAGCUCCUACAUGGUGCACUGGAAGAACCAGUUUGACCAUUACAGCAAGCAGGAUCGCUGCUCAGACCUGUGACCCAGGCGGGACCCCCACAUCCCCUGCCCUGCCCGCUCUGCCUGGCCCCUCAGCUGUAUAUACUAUUUAUUUAUGGGCUGGGAUAUUACACGGAGGAUCCCUAGACCCUGCCCACCCACCCCCGACGUUCCCCUGGGGCUCCCGGCCCUCUGCAUGCCUCGGGCCGAGCCCCCUCCCCCGCGGUGCCUUCGCCCUCUGGGCUGCCAA